AUGAAAUUGGAAAUUGUAAAACUGAUACAGUUUCUGCCAAAGUUUGUAGGACUGGCGAGAGGAUACUUGAGUAAGAUUAUUAGAUAUUAUGCCAUAAUGUACCCAUUAAAUUUUCGCUGGACAAAAUCUCGUGGAUCUUUAGUCGUUUUCUGCAUCUGGUUGCUGGCUAUAGCAUUAUCUAGUGUACAACUCAUACACGGUAAAGCAAAGAAAUUCGUUUUGGGUGGAGAAGAAUAUUACGACUGCGUAGAAGAAUGGAACGAAAUUUCCGGAAAAAUAUAUACAGUCGUUGUCUUUACGGUAACAUUUGUUCUUCCAAUGACCAUUCUGAUUUAUACAUAUUCAACGGUUGGUUGGAAAAUGUGGAGACAUACAUUACCAGGAAAUGCUGAUCCAACAAGAGAUCAUCAACAACUACAAGCAAAAAUUAAGGUAGUUAAAAUGUUGGCUGUUGUAGUACUAUUAUUCGCAGCGUGUUGGCUCCCUAUACACGUCCUCAAUUUAUUAAUAUACUUCUUUAAAGAUGAAUUAAGUCCAAAUACUGAUAACGAAUAUUAUGGAUACAUCGCAGCAUUUUUCAGUUGUCAUUGGCUUUCUAUGGCUAACAGCUUCGUCAAUCCGAUAAUCUAUUGUUUUAUGAGUGAUAAUUUUCGUGCAGAUCUUAAACAGCUGGUGUACUGUUGUUGUGCGGAUAUCAGGAAGGAAAAAGGUGCUCGAGGUUUGAAUCCAGCUUUCAACAGCUCUUGCUCGAGUUCUUUCCAUACAACAUCCAUGAUAAUUACAGGAAAUAAUGCUAAAUAUAUUAAAAAUAACGACAUUCCACUUACACGUAGCACAAAUAAUCAGUCUUUAAUAAUUCAAUAUUCUUCUGAUCAUUCUUCCAAACGUGAACGUGGCAUGUGUUCAAGAUAGAUUACUU